CCCUUCAGCUACGACACCAAGGACAACGAAAAGGAGCUCAUCCUGCCCGCCAUAGCCGGCGUCAAGGCCAUCCUCGCCGCCGCCGCCUCGGACCCGAACAUCCCCCGCCUCGUCCUGACGUCCUCCUUCGCCUCCGUCAUGGACGCCAACCGCGCGGCACCCCCCUACUUCACCUACACCGGCGACGACUGGAACCCGCUCACCUACGCCGAAGCCGCCGCCCCCGCCGCCCCCGCCUUCCUCGCCUACCGCGGAUCCAAGCUCUUCGCCGAGCGCGCCGCCUGGGACUUUGUCGCGGCGCGCCAUCCCGCCUUUUCCCUCGUGACGCUGUGCCCGCCCAUGACGUUCGGGCCCGUCGUGCACCCCGUCGCGGGCGUCGACAGGCUCAACGAGUCGAACGCCAUGCUGUGGAGGAUUGCCAUGGGCGAGUCGCCGCUUCCCGUCGCGCGGGUGCCCUUCUGGAUCGACGUGCGGGACCUGGCGCUUGCGCACGUCGAGGCCGUGCUGAGGCCUGAGGUCGCCGGGCAGAGGUUUGUGCCUGCGGCGGCGGAGCGGUUUUCCUACGGCAAGGCGGCCGCGAUCAUGGUCGAUGAAUUCGACUGGGCGAAGAGCAAGGUGCAGGUCGAGGCGCAGAGCAUUGACGAGUCCCAUGGUCUCGAUGGGCAGACGGCUGCUGAGGCGUUGGGGCUGGAGUACCGCAGCUUCAGGCAGACGGUUGUCGAUCUGAUCAGGCAGGCCUAUGAGAUGGGUGCGAAGGCGUGA